AUGUCGUCCGAAUAUAAUUAUGAUGACCAAGGUCAAUUCUUCCCCUUUUUCAUGUUGACCAUGGUCGGUCUAGUCACCAUUCCUCUCACAUACAACGUCCUCAAACCCUCGACAGAUCUCGAACAGACCGCCGCCAGAAUAAAAUCAGACUUCAAACCAAAGGAUGUGGAUCUGAUUGAAGCACAGAGGAAAAAGCGAAAGAGGAAGAAUCGCAAGACCAAACGUAUCAUUACCGUCAUUCUUGGCUAUACCUUCAUGGCCUACAUGGCCUACCUGAUCGCCACCGCCCAGCGAGUUGCUCCCAAAUUAUGGGACCCUUAUGACAUCUUGGGCGUUUCUAGGAGUGCAACCGAAAAACAGAUCGACAAGUUCUACAGAAACCUUGCUAGAACACACCACCCCGACAAAGCAAUACCCGAUGUCUCCAAGAACGAGACCGCCGAGACCGUCAAUGACCGGUGGGUCGAAAUGACAAAGGCAUACAAGGCCUUGACCGAUGAAGAGAUCAGGAACAACUACUUACAGUAUGGAAAUCCCGACGGUAAACAAUCCACCAGUAUCGGUAUAGCACUGCCCAAAUGGAUGGUUGAAGAAGGAAAUCGCUGGUUUGUGGUCGCCUUUUACGGCGUACUUCUGGGUAUCAUUCUACCAUACACCUUGGGCACAUGGUGGUAUGGUACUCAAGCACUCACGAAAGAUAAAGUACUGCACGCCAGCGCAGGCAAUCUGUUCCGGGAGUGGCAGGAAGAUAUCUCAGAAGGUGGUGUGAUUGCAGCCACCAGUGCGGGUGAGGAAUUCAAAGAGACCCUCAAAGGAGCCAGAAGUGAUGCUGGUGCUGCCAAAGUCGAAUCCAAGGUCCUCAACGGCUCUAUCUUGACUGCUGCAGACAAGGCAAGAUUGAAGUCGAUUGAGGAUCCUGUUCGACGCAAGACUCUCGGCUUACUCUGGGCCUACCUCGCGCAUAUCGACUUGGAAGAUCCAGAACUGGAGAAGGAAAAGUACGAGGUUGCUCCAAUUGCUCUCGCUCUGAAUAAUUCUUUUACCUCGAUCACUCUACCUUUUGGUGCCGUCGGCCCGCUACUCGCCUCCUACCACACAUCACAAAAUAUCAUUCAAGCCGUUCCCCCAAGCUCUUCACCUAUUCUACAACUUCCACACAUCACACCUCAGAUAGUCGACAAGAUCUCCAAGGAAUUUCCCAAAACUCAAAUCACUCUUCAGAAGCUAAUGGCUUUACCACCAGCCAUCCGCCGUGAUCUCUGCUCCGACAUCUCCCAGACUCAAUACGACCAAGCCAUGAAUGUCGCUGCUCAGAUUCCCAAUCUUCAAGUCGAGAAAGCAUUUUUCAAAGUUGUUGGUGAACGAGUCGUCACACCCUCGUCGUUGGUACAACUAGUAAUCAAGGCCCGGGUCAUCCCACCAGGUACCCGCAAUGUUCCUGAAGUCAAUGUACUUGACCUUGAAGACGUCGACCCGGAAGAGGGAGAUCUAGACGCUCUACACGGUCGUAAGCCAGCCAAGUCUAAGCGCCGCAAGAUGCCAGAUGGUCGGUACAUUGAGGACGAUAGUACUCCUGGGUCGGUUCAACCCCCACUCGCUCAUGCGCCGUACUUCUCGGCGGACCACGCACCGAGAUGGCACGCUUUUCUUGCAGAAGCUCGCACGGGUAGAAUCUCCGUGCCUCCUUUUACAUUCACCGCAUUCGACAAGCCAAUUUUCAAUGCGGACGGCACUCCAACAUUCAACGUCCUGACUUUCAAAUGUCCCUUCCAAGCUCCUCCACAGGUCCACGCCUUCCCCUUCGUUCUCCAUCUAGUGUGCGACAGCUAUAUUGGCCUCGAUUCCAAAGUAGAUGUUGUGUUGGACGUCAAGGACGCAAGUGAAGCCAAUGUAGUGGAGAGUGACGAAGAUAUCAGCGAGCCCGAAGAAGAUUCUCUAGCAGGCCAACUGCAAGCGAUGAAGACCGGCGGUCUCGCCGGCUCACCCACGAUAACGAAGAAAAAGAAGAAGAGAACGCAGCCAGAGGGCGUGGCUGCCACCCCAGUCGCGCAGACUGCUCAGGAGGCCGACAGCGACGACAGCGACACCGAAGGCUCAGUUGACGACGACACGUCCGAGACGGACACGGAGACCGAGGACGAAGGCGAUGAUUGA